CAUGGCUGCGCCCCUAGUUCAAUAUGAACGUAAGAGAUCAUGCUGCCAUGAAGUAACCUUGCGUUUCGUAUAGUCACCGAAGUAUGUUGGAAUUUCAGCGAUAGCUCGGCCAGAUAAGUUUAUAUCAUAAAUGGCUUUCCGUGUGAGUAUCUCGACUUUCGGGAAAUCUUUACGUGUUCGGAGAGUUGCUAACGUGUCUGCGCCACUGGCAAAUGCGUCACCGUUUCUCCGAACGGGAUGGGCUGCCCGUCCUCCAGGGACCAAUAAUGGACACGGUUUUCGCUUCACUCCUGCCUGUUUUAUUACAUCGGAUGCGUUUUUGAGCAGACUGGCGAAAGGCAAAGCGGAGACAGAUGACACUCAUUAUCACCAUCCAGCCUCAGUUCUGCCCGACAGCGCUGAACAAUUAUCAUUGCUGGUGAAGGAUCCAGAUCAACCAGAGAACUCAAAGGUUUUAAGAGUGGCCAUCAUUGGUGCCCCAAAUGCUGGGAAGUCCACACUGUCCAACCAACUGCUUGGCAGAAAGGUGUUUGCUGUUUCCAAGAAAGUGCACACCACACGGGCCCGUGCCCUUGGCGUUCUCACAGAAGACGACACACAAAUUAUUUUACUGGACACUCCUGGACUCACUACACCCACAAAAGUCAAGAGGCACCAGCUGGAGAAGUCUCUCCUCGAGGAUCCUUGGAAUACAGUCAAGGAAGCUGGUCUUGUGGUGGUAAUGGUAGAUGUGUCAGACAAGUGGGCCUGCAACAAGCUAGACUUUGAGGUUCUGAAAUGCCUGACCCAACACCCAGAUGUCCCAGCAGUCCUAGUUCUCAAUAAGGUUGACCUGCUGAAGAGCAAGAGCAGGUUGUUGGAGAUCACAGCAGAUCUGACAUGUGGAGUGGUGAAUGGCCGGAAGCUGCAGGUCCGCAGGGUGAUCAAGCCCCCCUGGGCUGAGAGGAGGACAGACAGGGAGGCUAGGACAUCAGGGUCUGGAGAUGAGGAAAAGCCGGGUGGUGAUGUGGCUGAUGGUGAGGGCAGUGAGGCCUUGUCAGGGCUGAGUAAGGAGCAGCUUAGGGCUCUGAAGACCCAACAGGGCUGGGCUCACUUCAAGGAUGUCUUCAUGGUCUCUGCUGUGGAUGGAGAGGAUGUGGAGACACUGAAGAGAUACCUAGUAGUGGGGGCAAAGCCUGGGUCUUGGCAAUACCACAGUGAUGUCCUGACGGAUCAGACUCCUGAGGAGAUCUGCACCAACACUGUCAGAGAGAAGCUUUUGGAAUAUCUGCCCAAAGAAGUCCCUUACACAAUGACGCAGGCCAUUGACUUGUGGCACGACAGGGAGAAUGGAGAGCUGGAUAUAGCAGUAAAACUGUAUGUGAAGAAAGAAAGUCACAUGAAAAUGGUGAUUGGCCAGGCUGGUCAGAUGGUUGCCAGGAUAGCCAGAGAGGCUGGAGAUGACCUGAGCACAGUGUUCCUCAGGGAGGUCAAGCUGAGGCUCUCUGUGAAGGUGAAGAACUGACGAGGAUUAUGAUAAACUGAGUAUUAUGAUCAUCUGGGGGACAGUUUUAUGCUGGCCUUGUGAAUAGGAAAUGAACACUGUUGGACUCACUAUUUUCAAGGAAUGAUCUGACUGGUUUCUACUUCUUGACUAUCAAAUCAAGGUUUAUUUGCCACGUGCGCCGAAUACAACAGGUGUAGACCUUACAGUGAAAUGCUUACUUACAGGCUCUAACCAAUAGUGCAAAAAAGGUAUUAAGGGAACAAUAGGUAAGUAAAGAAAUAAAAACAACAGUAAAAAGACAGUGAGAAAUAACAGUAGCGAGGCUAUAUUCAGUAGCGAGGCUACAUACAGACACCAGUUAGUCGGGCUGAUUGAGGUAGUAUGUACAUGUAGAUAUGGUUAAAGUGACUAUGCAUAUAUGAUGAACAGAGAGUAGCAGUAAAGUAAAAGAGGGGUUGGGGGGGCACACAAUGCAAAUAGUCCGGGUAGCCAUUUGAUUACCUGUUCAGGAGUCUUAUGGCUUGAGGGUAAAAACUGUUGAGAAGCCUUUUUGUCCUAGACUUGGUGCUCCGGUACCACUUGCCAUUACUCUAGUAGAGAGAACAGUCUAUGACUGGGGUGGCUGGGGUCUUUGUCAAUUUUUAGGGCCUUUCUCUGACACCGCCUAGUGUAGAGGUCCUGGAUGGCAGGAAGCUUUGCCCCAGUGAUGUACUGGGCCGUACGCACUAUCCUCUGUAGUGCCAAGCAGUCGGAGGCCGAGCAAUUGCCGUACCAGGCAGUGAUGCAACCAGUCAGGAUGCUCUCUGUUGCAGCUGUAGAACCCUUUGAGGAUCUAAGCACCCAUGCCAAAUCUUUUUAGUUUCCUGAGGGGGAAUAGGCUUUGGACAGACCUGUAGCUAAAAUGUGCUGCUGAGACCUUGUAAAGGCUCAUCAUGAGUCAGCUAGUGAGAGAGCUAUCAGAAACAGAGACAGCGCUCUCUCCCCUGGAACUUGGUCCCAGCCUCAUCUACAGUCACUUCUCUCAAGGGUCAGCAUACUGUGUUCUUGCAUAAGCAUUCUUCUUAAAUAAAAGAUGACUUGCA